CGGCAGAGCUGAGGAGCUGGUGUGUCCCCCUGAAACUUUCUCCCCUAUCUCUGCUGUGGGGUGUGUUCGUGUGCCAAGGAGGGGGAGAGAGAGACCCAGUGCAAAGGAGAGCAAGCAGGGAAGCCAAGGGAGAGAAGGGAGCUUGUUUCAUGCACUGCUGAAGGCUGUCAGAGGCAGAGCACAGCAGCAGCUCACUGGUGGGGUGCAAUUUAAGGGACAACGCUUAUUGACUUUAUUCACUGAAUUGCUGAAGGACAGAUAUGACAUCUGACUGGUGCGUCUAUAUAUUCUUGCUUAUUGGAACAAAGGUCGUUCGUGACACUUUGGAAGAUCCUGUUUCCAGAGGCAGUGCCGCCUGCCCCUUGGGCUACUUUCCCUGUGGCAAUAUCACCAAGUGCUUGCCCCAACAACUUCACUGUAACGGUGAGGAUGACUGUGGGAAUCAUGCUGAUGAAGACAACUGUGAAGACAACAAUGGAUGGUCUCUGCAGUUCGACAAACAUUACGCAAAGAGGAAAUACAACAAAGUGAAAUCCCUGUACGCGUUUCAGACCAGGACAUCGGAGUGCUUGGCUGGUGCUGUACCAGCAGAAUGUACGUGCCAAGGGCUGGAGGUCUCCUGCGAUGCUGCCCAACUGCGUGCCAUCCCUUUGGUCCCUUCAAACAUCACCAUGAUGUCUCUUCAGAAGAAUCUGCUAAGAAAACUUUAUGCUGACGUUUUCAGAAAAUACCAAGACCUUAAAAACCUAUAUCUCCAGGACAAUAAAAUCAGAGCCGUGUCCAAACAUGCUUUCAAAGGUUUAUACAACUUGACAAAACUAUACCUGAGUAACAACAAGAUAACCAACUUGAAGCCUCACGUCUUUGAAGAUCUCCAUAAACUUGAAUGGCUGAUAAUUGAAAACAAUAGGAUAAAUCGGAUCUCUCCAUCGACAUUUUAUGGACUCAAAUCACUUAUUCUCCUUGAGAUGAUGAAUAAUUCUCUUGCUCAUUUGCCUGACAAACCUCUGUGCCAAUAUAUGCCGAGACUGAACUGGCUAGACUUAGAAGGCAACCAUAUUCAUCACUUAAGAAACGUCACUUUCAUCUCCUGCAGCAGUUUAACUGUAUUGGUGAUGAGGCAAAAUAAAAUCAGAUCUCUGAAUGAAAACAGCUUUUCUUCUCUCCAAAUGCUAGACGAACUGGACUUGGCUAGCAAUGAGAUUGAAUCACUUCCUGCAUAUGUGUUUAAGGAUCUAAAGGAGCUUUCACAACUGAACCUUUCUUACAAUCCAAUCAAGAAAAUACAAAUGGACCAGUUUGAUUUUCUAACCAAACUCAAAUCCCUCAGCUUGGAGGGCAUUGAAAUUGCAAACAUCCAGAGAAGAAUGUUCAUUCCACUUAGAAACCUUUCCCACAUAUAUUUCAAGAAGUUCCAGUACUGUGGAUAUGCCCCUCAUGUGCGCAGCUGUAAGCCUAAUACUGAUGGGAUUUCAUCCCUGGAGAAUCUUUUAGCUAGCAUUAUACAGAGAGUGUUUGUCUGGGUUGUAUCUGCCAUCACUUGCUUUGGAAAUAUUUUUGUUAUCUGUAUGAGGCCUUACAUCAGAUCGGAAAAUAAGCUCCACGGCAUCUCAAUAAUGUCUCUCUGCUGUGCUGACUGUCUGAUGGGAAUAUAUUUAUUUGUGAUUGGAGCUUUUGAUCUUAAAUAUCGUGGAGAAUACAACAAGCACGCUCAGUUGUGGAUGGACAGUAUUCAUUGUCAAUUGGUGGGAUCGCUGGCUAUUCUGUCUACAGAGGUGUCAGUCUUACUGUUGACUUACCUGACUUUGGAGAAAUACAUCUGCAUAGUUUAUCCUUUUAGGUGUUUGAAGCCCAGAAAAUGCAGGACAAUUUCCAUUUUAGUUCUUAUCUGGAUAAUUGGGUUUGUUGUUGCUUUUAUUCCACUGAGCAAUAAGGAAUUUUUCAGGAACUACUACGGCACCAAUGGCGUCUGUUUCCCUCUUCACUCAGAGCAAUCAGAAAGUUCAGGAAGUCAGAUUUAUUCUGUUGUCAUUUUUUUAGGUGUAAACUUGGCAGCUUUUCUCAUCAUUGUCUUUUCCUACGGAAGUAUGUUCUACAGUGUUCACCAAACAGCCAUUAUGGCUACUGAGAUUCAGAAUCAUAUCAAAAAAGAGAUGACACUGGCCAAACGUUUUUUCUUCAUUGUAUUUACUGACGCACUGUGUUGGAUACCCAUUUUUAUUUUGAAACUCCUUUCUUUACUGCAAGUAGAAAUACCAGAUGAACACACAAUAUAAUGAAUUAUACUUUGCUUUAUUACUGCACUGGAUUAUAUUACUAUCAUCUACAAGGUUAGUCACGUUUAAUUUGGACAUAACAACAAAAAAUCAAAUCUUUGAAGUCUGUCCCAAUAGAAUAUCUAUAAAAUAUAUCAGAUGAUUUUGUAAACCAAGCUUGCACUGGAUUGGCCUUUCUCAUCUUCUGGCUUUCGGAGAUUCUGUUGCCUAACCAGCGUUCAAGCCAACACAAAAUUUCAUAUCUUGAUUUAACCAUAUAAUUCUUACCCUGAAAUAACUUCAAGCACUGACACUUCAAGCACUAAGUUAUGUAAAAUCAAGCUAACCUUCUUCAUGCUAAAAAUACAUUCCCAUGUAAAACCAGUAAAAGAUUAGAAACUUUAAAAGCUUUGUGGGGGGACUUAUAAUGAAUAAUACUGAGGAAUAGGGAAUAUAGAUCCCAGGCAGUGACAGGAAGCAAAGAAUAGAGAAGAUACAAGAGCAAAGGGUAGUGCAAAAAUAAUAGUGAGAAGAAACAACCUGCGAUAUGAAGCCAAGCUGGAAGUGUGCAGCCACCCCUCCAAGCAGGAAGCUCUCUUUCAUAAGCAUCAAGGGCUCAUGUUAAUUAAUGGGUAGAAACGCUAUAAUGCCUACUACAGCUUCCUUUCUUUUUCUCUCCCCAAGGUACCAUAACAUCUUGGGUAGUGAUUUUUAUCUUGCCCAUAAAUAGUGCUCUGAAUCCUCUUCUCUACACUUUGACUACACGACCCU